AUGAGAUUCUCACUCAUACUCGCGUUUCUUUCGGCUGCCAUGGUCUUCGGCCAACGAUACGAAGUGUGCACGAGGGAAGUUGCGAAGACUGACGAAUGCCUCGAAGUCAUCAACGCAAAUGCCUGCUACAACAAACUUCAAUUUCGGAACAACCAGACACUUAGUUGCAUCAACGGUGCAAACGACAAUGAGCGGGCUAUCAAGGCAUGCAAAUGCUGUACCUGUGUUGGCCCUCGGAUGUGCGAGUUUGUCACGAAACAACGCAUUACCUGUUAG